AUGGAUCCAAAUGCCCAGCGCAGUCCAAAAAGGCCCAGCGCAGGCCCGUACAAGUUAAGAAAAAGGAUCAAGACAAUACAGUAUGCAGAUAACCCUCCGAGGCGGGGACCCAAGAAGAAGCUCGCGCCUGGCGGAAGACAACAAAAGCAGCAGAGGAUCUGGGAACAUCAAGAGACCUGCCAACUUUUGGCUCAUUUCCAAUGGAGCUUCAGCAACGGAGUUGAUUUCUGGAGUGUCGCGUUUCCAAAGUUUCAAGACACUGUCCAACCAACAUUCACCGAUGAUCAGGCUGAGAAGCAGCUGAAGCAUCUAUCGACCCGGCAUGGCCAGAUGGAAGGCGACAAUGACUAUGAGAACUUGCUCGAAUUUGGCCUCGAGUCGUUGAACCUACCAGAGGAGACAUCAAGAGAUGUUGAUCAGUUCUUCAACCGUAUACCCGACAUCAACGCUGCCCGGUCUGAAGUUGGCGGUGCACUUGUGAAAUGGUGUACUAAGAGGCUCUUGGUGAGUUUCAUGGUCUCUCCGGAGAAAUUGAAGGCUAUAUUGCCAGACGAAGAGAAAGACCAAAGUGUGGGCCAAGCUGACGAAGACUCCUCCGCUGAACCCACUCAACCCACUGAAGUGCAACAACCAUCUCACGGUUCAUCGCACCUCAGUUCGGCAGACCAAAAUGCCGACAGCCCGUCCCCCAAGAGGGCUGAAACAACCGUCGAGAAACGUUCCGCCGAUUACCCAUCGCCUGAUGGAAGAGAGAUCUGGGAGAUCGAAACCCUGCUCCUUGCGUCAGAGAUCGAAAAAGAGCGACUCAAGAGAGAGCUAGAUGCUGUGGUGAAGUACAAACCCGACGCCCGCGUGCAACACAUCCUCGAGCAAAAGCUGGAUUAUACGGUCAGAAGGGUCUACAGCAGUAGAUUUUUCAACGUCGAAAUUCCAGGUAUGAACGGGGAAAAGAUUUCAAGGCUGUACAUGAUGGUGUUUCGGAACAUACAAAAUGCAUGUUUCGGAGUAUGCCGGGAUCAUCCAGAAGCACUGGAGGAACAAACCAUGCACAGCGAUCUCGCGGAGUCUUGGGCGCUAAUGGCCUUUGGGCAAGGACUCAAAGAUUGCAUUCCUCGACUUAAAGAUUCCAGGAAUUUCAAAGGCGAGUUGCUCCUAGGACUAUUAGCUUCAGCAGUCAUUGAAAUGGUAUUCGAGCCAGCCUUCCCAGCAUUCAUUCACCCACCAAACCCCAUUGCAGAAGCCUAUCGGCAGAUUAUUAUGGAUGUUGCUGGAGUCAAUGAGCUUCAUCGAGCAGAUUGCAUUGUCCUCCCACAAGUGACCGACAAUAGCAGGGCUGAAAUUAUCCAGAGAAAGGUCAAAGAACUAGAACGUAUACUUUACAAGCACUUGGACUCUUUCUGGGCAUUUCCAGACAACGACAAUGAUAACGUCGAAGAAGUGCUCAGGAAAAAGAUCAAUUUCGGUUCCUUUCUCGCGCCGGCGCUGGAGUUGAAGCUGGAUCUCAUAACAACUGCCACACGGCUCAAGUUCUUCUACUACGAGUCAGAUGAGCCCUUUGAUGAGGAGUAUAUGGAGCGUUGCCCAUUUUCAGACCGUGAGAGAAACAUCAUCAAAGGCUGCUUGUUCCCUCUUCUCUUGUGGCCCCGGGCUCGAGAGGAAACGGCAACUUCAAGUGACUACGUCCUCGAGCACAAUACCAAAUACAGCAUGUACUUCACGCGACUAACAGAGGGGAGUCAUCGUGAUCUGGAAGUGGCGACUAAGGCAAUCGUGCUGACGUAG